AUGGGACACGUGAUAUCUCAGGAGGGGGUGACAAUAGAUAUAAACAAAAUUGAAGCCAUGCAUAAGUGGUCUCUACCUAGAAACUUGAGGGAGUUGAGGGGUUUCCUUGGAUUGACAGGUUAUUAUCGGAGGUUUGUGAAGGGGUACAACAACAUAGUCUUGCCUUUGACAGAGCGGUUGAAGAAGGAUAGCUUCGUGUCAGGAAAAGCGGCUACCCUGGAUUUCGAAAAACUUAAGAAGGCGAUGACCACAGUACCCUUGUUGGCUUUACCAGACUUCAGUCAGACUUUUAUGGCGGAGACAGAUGCGUUCGGAUAUGGGUUGGGGGUAGUGCUGAUGUAG